UAGUAACCCAUUCAGAUCUUUGCUUUGCAUCCUGUGCGCCGUUGGUGUUGUUUUCGUCAUCUUAUCCCUCUUCGUUAUGUCGCCGAUGUCCAGCCUGGCCCUCAAGGCCGCUCUCCUGCUCCCUCUCGUGAGCGCCGCCUCAUGCAGUAAUGGGACCUACACCCACAACGGCCUCAGCUGGUCCCACGGCAUCCGGAUGAACCAGGUCCAGGUCGUUGGCACGCACAACUCGUACCAUCGCGAGGCGCCGCUUGAAGAGCACCCAACCCAGGCCACGAUGCUCCCUAAUGUUCAGAACUACUACUACUCCCAUCCUUCCCUCGACAUCCAGCUCAACUACCAGUCCAUUCGUAACCUGGAGCUCGACAUCUUUGCCGACCCUGAGGGCGGCCACUACGCCACGCCCCUCAUCCGCAAGCUCGCGAACCUCUCCACGACCCCGGAUCCCGAUCUCCUUGCUCCCGGCAUCAAAGUCCUGCAUGUCGCCGACGCAGACUACCAUCCUACCUGCAAGACAUUCAUCGGGUGCUUAAACAUUGUCAAGAAGUGGAGCCAGGCCCACCCGGACCACGUCCCAAUCCCCUUCAUGAUCGAGUUCAAGACCUCCGAAGCUGCCUACGCAGCAAUUGGCGGCGCGUCUCAGAUCCCCUGGAACGAUACGGCACUUCUCAAGGGCCUUGACGAUGAGAUCCGCAGCGUCUUUGCGCCCGAGGACCUUGUUACUCCAGACGACAUCCGCAGAGGCAACUUGACGUUGGAGCAGUCCGUCUUGCGAUAUGGAUGGCCCGACUUGGAGAGUGCCCGUGGCCGCGUGCUCUUCCUGAUGGACAACGGCCCCGUGAACCCCAUCCGUGACUCGUACAUCGAGGGCCGACCUAACCUUGAAGGCUGCGUUCUCUUCACCAAUUCUGCGCCGGGAAACUCUGACUGCGCGUUCCAAAAGCUCAAUGACCCCACCGGCACCGAAAAAGCCAACAUCCAGGCGCAGGUCAAGGCGGGCUAUUGGGUCCGCACACGCGCCGACAUCCCGCUCGAUACGCUGCUAUCCAACGACACAACCGGGAUGCGUGAGGAUGCGUUCUCGAGCGGCGCGCAGAUCGUGUCGACCGACUUCCAGGCCUACGGUAUGAGCAGCCGCUGGAAUGUCGACUACGCCGUUCGUUUUGAGGGCGGUGCGGCGGUGCGAUGCAACCCCAUCAACGGGCCCGCUGACUGCGGGAGCAAGGCGUUGGAGCCAGUUGAAUAUGUCCGCAACUAGAAGACCAUUGCUUCGAUGUGUGUGAGAUGAGGUCUUGUCGAGCAGUGUAAUGAUAAUAGCAUGAUGAACAAAGUUGAUGGACUGAUGUGCAUUAAUGCAAUUGAUUGACUGUGUACUUCAGGGAUUCACCGGUUGUUGAAGAAGGCUUCCCCCGGCUCUUGAGUUCUUCUCUCACACAACGGUGCCGAUUGCCGUGGGGAAAAAAAAAACCUUUGAAUAUGCCAGUCC